AUGGAUGCUGCUAGUGAGCCUUCAGAGGUACCUGGCAGCAUUGCCGGGGUGUAUGUAGAGGCUUUGAAGAAGAUAAUGAGCUUUUAUGAUGCCACCAGAGAACAUCUUCUGAGCUUGGAUCCGGCGCUCUUUCUUCUGGAGGCCCAGGCAGCCAUGGGCUUCAUUGCUGACCCGGUGAAGAACAGGCACGUCUCCGUAGCAGAAGCUGUGCACCUGGGGCUGGCAAUCCAGAAGGACCUGAUUGGGAGAGAGCAAGGAGCCCGGCUGCUAGAGGCCCAGAUGGCAACCGGAGGCGUCAUUGACCCAGACACAGGCUGCCGGCUCCCAGCAGAUGUUGCCUGUGAGAGGGGAUAUUUAGAUGAAGAGAUGAGGCAGCUCUUCUCUGACCCCAGCAACGAGGACAGCAAAGGGUUCCUCGACCCCAGUACUAUGGAGAGGGUCACCUACAUGGAGCUUAUGAAGAGGUGUGUUGUUGAUCCAGCCUCAGGCUUCCUCCUCUUGCCCCUGCAAAUCACAUUCGCAGGGCUGGGAGGAAGGGUGAGCAGCAGGGAUCUGCUGGAGGCUGGCAUCAUCAGCCCCGACACGUUCAGAGGUCUUGAGGAGGGAAGAGUUUCUGCCCAGGAGGUAGCAGAGAGUGACUCUGUCCAGCAGUUCCUGCGUGGGACAAGGAGCAUCGCUGGUGUUGUCCUGCCUUCUGGUGAGCGGAAAAGCCUUUACCAGGCCCUGAGAGAGCAUCUCCUCCUGCCUGGCACUGCUCUGACACUCCUGCAAGUCCAGGCCUCCACUGGCAGCCUGACAGACCCCAUAAAGAACAAAACCUUCUCUGUUGAUGAGGCUGUCAGGAUUGGCCUCAUCGGCCCAGAGCUUCAUGAGAAACUGUCUUCAGCUGAGAGGACCAUCACUGGGUACAGGGACCCCUACACUGGGGAAAUGCUCUCCCUGUUCCAAGCCGUCAGGAAGGCCUUCAUCCCCAGGGACCACGGCAUUUUCCUUCUGGAGGCUCAGAUGGCUACAGGGGGCAUCAUUGCUCCGGGCCGGCACUUCCGUGUCCCCACAGAGACAGCUUGCAAGUGGGGAUACUUGGAUGAGACCACAAGACAGCUCCUCUCCAGUCCUGCUGAUGAACUGAAAGGGUUCUUUGACCCCAACUCCAAGGAGAAGCUGACCUAUGCAGACCUGCUAAAGCGAUGUGUCACUGAUCCCAACACAGGGCUCCUCCUGCUGCCACUUAGUGGAGACAGUGGAGAAGGACCCAAGGGAACCCCUGUCUUCUUUGACCACAAGACCCAAACGGCUCUGGAAAACACAAAGGUACCCAUUACUUUAGGUAAAUUCAAAGGAAAAUCAGUGUCUCUCUGGAAACUCCUCUUCUCAGACUACAUCCAGAGUGAGCAAAGAGCUGCUCUCACCCAGCAGUACCUUGCAGGGACGCUCUCUAUGCAACAAUUGGCCAAGGCAGUCAGUGUCACCAUUGAAGAAAUGGCUUCCACUGCCAAUGUCACCUUUGAAGGACUGAGGGGUCGCGUGACAGCUGACCAGCUCCUGAGCUCUGAAAUCAUCAACAAAGAUUUGUUUAAGAAACUGAAGGAAGGAGAAACAUCAGCCAAAGAAGUUGUCAGCAUGGACACUGUCAAGAAGUACCUGCAAGGGACGGGUAGCAUUGCUGGGUUGCUGCUUCCUGACUCCCAGGAGAAGAUGAGCAUCUACCAGGCAAAGAGGAAAGGAUUUUUACGGCCAGGAACAUCACUGAUCCUCCUGGAGGCACAGGCUGCCACCGGAUUUAUCAUUGACCCAGCUGCCAACAAAAGCUAUUCUGUAGAUGAGGCUUUACAAGCAAAUGUCAUUGGUCCAGAUGUUUAUGACAAGCUACUGACUGCAGAGAAAUCAGUCACUGGCUACAGAGAUCCUUACUCAGGGACCAAGAUCUCCCUCUUCCAGGCCAUGAAGAAGGAGCUCAUUGUCAAGGAGCACGCUAUCCGCCUGCUCGAGGCCCAGAUCGCCACCGGAGGCAUCAUCGACCCUGUCAAUAGCCACCGCAUCCCCGUGGAGGUGGCCUACAAGCGGGGCUACUUCGACAAGAAGAUGAAUGUAAUCCUUUCUGACCCCAGCGAUGACACCAAGGGCUUCUUCGACCCCAACACGCACGAGAACCUCACCUACCUGCAGCUGAAAGAGAAGUGCAUCACAGAGCCGUCCACCGGGCUCUGCCUCCUUCCUCUGAACAGCAGGAAGCGCCAGUUCAUUGACGACGCCACCAGGCAGCUGUUCAGGAACUCCUGGAUGCCUGUCAGGUUUGGGCGCUUACGCGGGGAGAAGGUCUCGGUGUGGGACCUGCUGAACUCCGAGUACUUCAGCGAGGGGAGGCGCCGAGAGAUCUUCAACCACUACCGGCUGAGGAAGCUCACCCUGGAGCAAAUCCGGAUCAUGCUAGAGGAGGAAAUCAAAAAAUGGGCCCCCAUCAAGUUCCCAGCCAUGAGAGGCAGCAUCAGCGCUUAUCACCUGAUGGACACGGGCAUCAUUGACAGGGCCCUGUUUGAGAAGGUGUUGGAGGGAUCCGUCACACCAGAGGAAGUCCUGCGCAUGGACUCUGUCAGAAGAUACCUCUAUGGCUCUGGCAGCAUCGGGGGGAUUGUACUCCAGCCAUCAAACCAGAGGAUAAGCAUUUAUGAGGCCAUGAAACAGAACAUCAUGGUACCUGGAGUAGCCCUACCACUCCUAGAGGCCCAGGCUGCCACAGGCUUUAUCAUUGACCCAGUGAACAACCAGAAACUCUGCGUGGAUGACGCCGUCAAGGAAGGAGUCAUUGGGCCAGAAGUCCAUGAGAAGCUGCAGCAAGCAGAAGGGGCUGUGUCAGGCUAUAAGGAUCCUUUCACAGGCAAGAAGAUACCUCUCUUCCAGGCUAUGAAGAAGGGCCUGAUCACUGACAAACAGGCCAUGCAGCUGAUGGAGGUGCAGAUGGCUACAGGGGGCAUCAUUGACCCAACAUGUGGCCACCAUCUCCCCAUAGAAGCUGCCCAAAAGCGAGGGUGCCUGGAUGAGGACACAAGCAAGGCCCUUUCUAAGCCCAGUGACAACAACAGAGCCUUCUGUGUCCCAGACAGCAAAGAGACCGUGACCUACGCUGAGCUCAUCGAGCGCUGCCAGAAGGAUGAGAUCUCUGGCUUCCACUUGCUGCCUCUACCACAGACAGCAGUUCCUGUCUACACAGAUGAACAAAUCCAACAGCUUUUCAAGGAAACUAUGGUGAAGGAAAAAGGGGUCUCCCUCUGGGAGCUAAUCCACUCUGGGUAUUUCACUGACGAGCAGAGGAGUGACUUUGUGGAGAGGUUCCGUGCUAAGGAACUGUCCCUGCAGCAGUUGGUAGCUCUUGUGCUCAGACUGGUAAGGGAGAUGGAGAUGAAAGCCUGCACCCACAUCACCUUCCAGGGCUUGCAGGGAAGUGUCCCUGCAGUCUGGUUGCUGGAGGCUGGCAUCAUUACUGAGAAGAUGUUUGAAGAACUAGCUCAGGGCAUAAGAACUCCCGAGGAAGUGGCUGAAAUGGAGAGUGUGAAGAGGUACUUGCAGGGCACAGGCAGCAUAGCCGGGGUAAUCAUACAGGCAUCCAAAAAGAAGAUGAGUUUUUACAAUGCCAUGAAAAACAAUCUCCUCCUCCCUGGGGCUGCUCUGAAGCUGCUGGAAGCUCAGGCAGCCACAGGGUACCUAACUGACCCAGCAACAAACCAGAGACUCAGCGUGAGGGAUGCUGUGAGAGCAGCUGUUGUUGGUGAGGAGCUCACUGAGAAGCUUCUCCUAGCUGAGAGGGCAGUGACUGGCUACACAGACCCCUACACAGGGAGCUCCAUCUCCCUGUGCCAGGCGGUCAGGAAAGAGCUCAUUCCUCUGGGUGAAGCCAUUCCUUUGCUAGAGGCCCAGCUGGCCACAGGAGGAGUCAUCGAUCCUAUUCACCAUCAUCACCUUCCACUCCAGGCUGCAUACAGGUACGGCUUCUAUGAUGAGGACUUAAACCAAAACCUCACCCAGCUGAAUGACAGCACCAAAAUCUUUUUUGAUCCAAAUACAAAGGAGAACGUGACCUACCAGCAGCUGAAGGACAGGUGCAUUUAUGAGGCUGAGACAGGCCUCUGGUUCCUUCCCCUGUCGGAAAAUGCAAUGUUCUGUGUGGAUGAACAAACCAUGGAGAUGCUGAAAUCUGUGACUGUCUGUGUCAACAUAGGACGGUUCAAAGGACAGACAGUGUCAGUCUGGGACCUUCUCAACUCUGAAUACAUCUCAGACAGAAAAAGAAGAGAGCUGGUGCAAAAGUACAAAGAUGAAAAUACCGAAGUGCUGCAUGAAAUCAUAAUGAUUGUCAUGAAAAUCAUCAAAGAAACUGAGGUGCAAGGAAAGAAGUUUGCAUUCAAAGGUCUGCGGAAAAGAGUGUCUGCCAGUGAUCUCUUCCAAUCUCAACUGAUAGACAAAAAAACCCUUGAUGAGCUCAACCAGGGGAAGAAAACAGUUAAAGAAGUCACUGAAAUGGACUCUGUCCGCAGAUACUUGGAGGGCAGCAAUUUCAUAGCAGGGGUCCUUAUACAGCCAAGCAAUGAGAAGAUGAGCAUCUACCAGGCCAUGAGGAAGGGCAUUCUGAGGCCGGGGACAGCACUGGUGUUGCUGGAGGCACAGGCUGCUACCGGCUACAUCAUUGACCCAGAGAAAAACAAGAAAUUUUCAGUGGAGGAAGCAUUUAAGGCAGGUCUAAUUGGGUGUGAGAUUUUUGAAAAGCUACUCUGUGCAGAAAGAGCUGUGACAGGCUACAUUGACCCCUACACAAAAGCACCAAUGUCCCUAUUUGAAGCCAUGAACCAAGGACUGAUAGUGAAGAGCCACGGCAUCCGCCUGCUCGAGGCCCAGAUCGCCACCGGCGGCAUCAUCGACCCCGUGCACAGCCACCGCCUCCCCGUGGAAGUGGCCUACAAGCGCGGCUACUUCGAUGAGGAGAUGAACCGGAUCCUCUCCGACCCCAGUGAUGACACCAAGGGCUUCUUCGACCCCAACACGCACGAGAACCUCACCUACAUGCAGCUCCUGGAGAGAUGUGUCCAAGAUUCAGAGACUGGGUUGUACAUGCUACAAGUUGUUCAAGAAGGGGGAAGGUACUUCUACAUAGAUGAAUUGACAAAACAGGUUUUGCACUCAAAGCCCAUUAAAGUGACAGUUGGAAAAUUCAAGGACCAAACAGUUUCUGUCUGGGAAAUUCUCUGUUCCCAUUACAUCUCCGAGCAGAAAAGGAAAGAACUAGUGAAGCAAUAUAAAUGUAAAACUCUAACUCUGGAAAACCUUAUAGCUCUCAUCCUCAAAACAAUUGAGGAUACGGAGCAAAAAGCAGAAGCCCUCAAGGUCAAAGGACUCCGAGGUGAGGUGUCAGUGUCAGAAUUGUUUAACUCUGAGAUAAUUGACAAGAAGACCCUGGAUCAGCUGCAGGAUGGAAGUCUCUCGCUUCAUAGCCUCACAAAGAAGGACACGGUAAAAAGGUACCUGGAUGGCACCGGAUGCAUCGCAGGAGUUCUACUUCCAUCAAGGAAAGAGACAAUGAGCAUCUACCAGGCCCUGAAGAGGGGUCUGCUCUCAGAGCAAUGUGCACUGGGGCUGCUGGAGGCGCAGGCUGCCACCGGCUUCAUUGUUGAUCCACUGACAAAUAAGAAGCUCUCCGUGGACGAGGCCGUCUUGGCCAAGUUGGUGGGCAGCGAGUUGCACGAGAAGCUCCUGUCAGCAGAGAAAGCUGUGACAGGAUAUGCAGAUCCCCAGACAGGCACUAAAAUAUCCCUCUUCCAGGCCAUAAUGAAUAAGAUAAUAAUGAAGGAGCACGGCAUCCGCCUUCUUGAGGCCCAGAUUGCCACUGGUGGCAUCAUCGACCCUGUGCACAGCCACCGCAUCCCUGUAAAUGUGGCCUACCGGAGGGGCUACUUGGAUGGCGAUACGUUUCUCCUGCUUUCUGAUCCAGAUCAUGGCAGCAAAGGUUUCAUAGAUCCAAAUACUCAUGAGAAAAUAAGUUACAGUCAGCUCCUGCAAAGAUGUUCCAAAGACAGAGAUACUGGACUGUACAUGCUGCAGGUCAUGGAGAAGGAAGAUGACUAUUUCUACAUUGAUGAGCAAACAAAACAAGCCCUAAUAUCAACAAAGGUACAAGUGUCUGUUGGAAAAUACAAAGGGAAUGAAUUAUCACUCUGGGAACUUCUCUGUUCUGAGUACAUCACAGAAGAGAAAAGAAAAGAACUGGUGAAAAAAUAUAAAGAGGAAUCCCACCACAUUAUACAAAGAAUCAUUGAAACAAUACUAAAUAUCAUUAAAGAAAAAGAGGAGGACAGAAGUGAUGUUUGGUUCCAAGGAAUAAGACAACAAAUUACAGCAUCAGAACUUCUCAGUGCAGAGAUAAUCACAGAAGAAACUAUGCAGAAACUCCAGGAAGGAAAGGAAACAGCACAAGAAAUAGCGCAAAUGGAUAAUGUGAGAAGAUACCUUGAGGGAACUGGAAGCAUUGCUGGUGUGCUUGUGCCAUCCAGGGCUGACCCCACCAAGAUGGAGAAGAUGAGCAUCUACCAGGCCAUGUGGAAGGGCAUCCUGAGGCCAGGGACAGCAUUAGUGCUGCUGGAGGCACAGGCUGCCACCGGCUUCAUCAUAGACCCAGUCAAGAAUAAAAAGAUAUCUGUGGAUGAAGCUGUCACAUCAGGGCUGGUGGGCAGUGAAUUACAGAAGAAACUUCUUUGUGCAGAAAAAGCUGUGACGGGCUACACACACCCAUGCACAGGACAGAAGAUGUCCCUCUUCCAGGCCAUGAAGAAGGAGCUCAUCGUCAAGGAGCACGGCAUCCGCCUGCUCGAGGCCCAGAUCGCCACCGGCGGCAUCAUCGACCCCGUGCACAGCCACCGCCUCCCCGUCGAGGCUGCCUACAAGCGCGGCUACUUUGACCAGCAGAUGAACCAGAUCCUCUCCGACCCCAGCGACGACACCAAGGGCUUCUUCGACCCCAACACGCACGAGAACCUCACCUACAUGCAGCUCCUCCAACGCUGUGUUCUUGACCCAGACUCUAAUCUUUAUUUCCUUAGUGUUUUCUCUAUUUAGUCAUAAAGCCCUUUACUUUUUUUUCCGUGUUAUUUCAUUGGUGAAGAUUUUUUUCUUUGUUGGGACUUGUUUUGCUGCUGGCAUUUUUGACAUUUUUUUAAUAUAUUCUUUUUUCUUAUUAUUCAUAGAGUAUUUCCUUCUUCUCUUUCAUGUUUUGUAAUGUUUGUACAGCAGUUACGGUGUUUAGGUGACUCAUCUGAGCAUUUCUUUAUAGCGUUUUAAUCCAUUGUCUUCUAUAAUUUAACUGGAAUUCAUGAAUCAGCCUGGCUUAUUUCCAGUCAGUUUGGUGUAAGAUGUUGUACUUUUUCCUUUAUAGUUCUUUAGAUAUAAGGAUGUCUUUGUAUGAGGUGUAAUGAGAAAUGAAAUUUUAUUCAUUCUUUCUUCUGUAUCUUUACAUAUCGGAAACAUUUUUUUAGAAGAUCAGUGUGGCAUUGCCAUAGUUUUAGUUUUGCGUGCCUGCCUCCUGCAUGGAGAACACAUUUCCAUGUAGGCAUCAUGUCAGGCCGAUGUUAAGUGUUACUGGGCUCAUAUCCAUUAUCUGUGUUUUUGCUGUUACUGCCUCAGUCCAUCCAAUAUUUCUGGAGGCCUCUAAACCACAUAUACCCUUAAUUGGGAGUGGUUUGGUCUCUCUCUGAUGUGUACAAUCAAAUCACUCAGAUUUUUUGCUUUCCCUCCCUUCAGUUGUCCAGCUCUCCUGAGAGCCUCUAUAGAGAGUUUUUUGUUGGAUCCAUGCAAGAGCUGAGAAAUGGUAGCAUAUGUUGUCUUUCUGUACUUGUAGCCAAAGCUGUCCCUGUAUGCAGCCAGCAGUAAGGGGAGCUGGUGGUACAGAAGCUGCUACCUCCAGCUGUUUCCUUCGGUAUGUUUCUCAUCUUCUUUUGCCAUUCCAUGUCCUGAGUUGACUUUUCCUCCCUUCAAAUGCAGCCCAUGUGCAUGUUUCUGGAGUAGAGACAGCCUCUGGACCACUGCGCCAUACAGUUCAGUACUGAAUAAUUCUACUACUGCUUAAUAAAAGGAAACAUACAAACCUUA